AAACAAACCUCGGAAGAUGUUGUCGUCUGUUUGUUUUUCUCUGACAGAAGCCGCUUGACGCCGACAGACCGUGAAUUCAGGGCCGAGUGAGUGUCUUUGAGUGGGCGUGCCACUGCCACAGAGUGUCGUUUUUAAUUCAGUGAAGACAUUGGGCUUUUUUGUGCUUCUGUUCCACGCACUUACGUUAGCUUAGCGCUCGGCUAACGCGCGUGAGCGCCUCCUUACUGCAGCAGAGGGGCAGUUCUGCUUUCUGUGGAAGAUAAAUGCUCACACGCUUCUCGUGAAAAGGCUCAGUCACCACCAUGGAGCCGGCUGCGGGCUCUGUGAGUAUCGGCAGUCUGACCAGCACCUUGCCGGUUAUCCCCUACCAGAAGCUGACUGACCUGUACUACCUGAGCAGAGGCGGCUUCGGCACCGUGUUCAAGGCGCAGCACUCGGACUGGAGGACCACCGUGGCCAUCAAGUGCCUGAAGAUCGACUCUCCUGUGUGCCAAAGAGAGAGAAGCUGUCUGCUGAAGGAGGCAGAGGUGCUUCACAAAGCCCGGUUCAACUACAUCAUCCAGAUCUUUGGCAUCUGCUAUGAACCAGAGUUCUUCUGCAUAGUCACAGAGUUCAUGAGCAAUGGCUCGCUGGACCUGCUGCUCCAUCAGAAGGACUUGUACCCUGUACUCGCCUGGCCUUUCAGACUGAGAACUUUGUAUGAGAUUGCUCUGGGGGUCAAUUUUCUUCACAACAUGAACCCACCACUUCUACAUCAUGAUUUAAAGACACAAAAUAUUUUGUUGGAUGGUGAAUUUCAUGUGAAGAUUGCAGACUUUGGACUCUCAAAGUGGCGGCAGCUGUCCGUUAGUAAAGGUUCAGGAUCCAAGACCACAGAGAUGAGGGGCACCGUGAUCUAUAUGCCCCCUGAGGAGUAUGAGCCGUCCAAGAACCGCAGGGCAGACGUGAAACAUGAUAUGUACAGUUAUGCCAUCAUUAUGUGGGAAGUGCUGUCCAGACAGAUCCCAUUUGAAGAUGUGACCAACCCUAUGCAGGUCAUGUUCAGCGUUUUGCGUGGGUUACGUCCGAACACCAACCUGGACAGCCUGCCCGCUGACAUUCCUAACAGAGAUAUUCUCAUCAACCUGAUGACCUGCAGCUGGACCGCUAACCCAGAUGAUCGACCUUCCUUCCUCAACUGUCUUGUAGAACUGGAACCUAUGGUGAGAAAGUUUAAUGAAAUAGACUUCCUGGAAGCUGUGUUGGAGAUAAAGAGGUCAAAGUUGGCAAGGGAAGCGGGGUGCUGCUCCGCCCAGUCAGUGUGUGAGCCGGCAAGAAGGGAAACAUCCUUAAAUGCUCUGAAGGAACAACACACUCCCUGGCCGGAGAGCUCCACCUCCGGCUCAGGCUCUUGUUCCUCACAGGAAGCCGAUAUGUCUCACCCAGGCUUCCUCACCAGCAGCAAUGCUCCUCCCUCUAGAGAAGUGCUUCCACAGUCAUUGCUUGAGCCUCCCCAUUCUCUCAAGGACCCCAUGCCGAUCAACAAUUUAAAUGGCUACGCUCAGAGCGCACGGCCUGUGAGCGAUUUGAACAUUCCCAUCCAUGAGUGUGAAACCCGACUGGAAAAUCUCACUCUCAAGCCACAGCCUCAGCAACAAGCGGAUGUGUCUCCCCCACUGCAAGCAUCUCCUACUUUAAAAGGCCCCAUUGUGCAGUGGGUCGCCACGCGGCGUGAGGAUAUUGUGCUCCAGAUGACAGAGGCUUGUCUGAACCAGAGUUUGGAUGCCUUGCUGGCUCGCUCCAUGCUAAUGCGGGAGGAUUAUGAACUGGUGUUGAAGGAGCCCACACGCACUGCCAAGGUCCGACACCUCUUGGACAACUGUCACCGGCACGGUGAGGAAUUUUGCCGUUUGAUUGUCCGCAAGCUAUACGACAACAAGCAGAUGGGUCUGCAGCCCUACCCAGCUGAAAUUGGCUCCCCUACCACAGCAGCUGCACCAAGCGCAGCUUCAUCGUCAAUGUCCUGCAAUUUACAGAAGUACAUGUAGCAGUGGCCCACAGCUGGGCCGUCUCCAUGCCCGCGCCAACAUUAGAGUGUGCCAGCGUUACACUACAAUUCACCUUCUUGAUCAAGACGGUUAUCGUGGUUCCUGCAGGUGAUGGAGGAGUGGCUUCGAGCCAGAGGAGCCACAGGUACAGAUGCUGAAACAAUCUGUUAGCUUCAAAGUUUUCUGCUCAUUAACUUAAGUCAAAAAGCCGAAGACUUAUUUUGUAUGGUGAGAAUCGAAGACUUUGACUGAAUCAGUGAUUAUGGAACGUUGGCGUUGAUUUAAUGAUGCAGUUUAUUUAUGGACCCUUCAUGUUGAGUGAAUGUUUUUCAGAGUUUUCGCUCCUCUUCGUCUCCUGAUGUUAAAUAAUAAUUAUGUUGCACAGUAUCUUUGUGUGACUGGUGUUUAGUUGAUAUAAAUAACUUGUAAGACUGUUAAAAAGCUGAAUAUCAUCCAGUGGUAAAAUAAGGCUUAUUCCUGUUAUAGACGUCUAACCAUACACCAUCUUGUCGCUGUCAUAAAUCAUCCAGAUGUUCCCAUCUGAAUGCAGCGACCAAGUGGGACUUCACAGCUGUUUGAAAUAUUAGUACAGAAGCACAUAAACUAAAUGAAUACAAACAGAAGCACAGUCAGGUUUGUUGCAGGGAACAACUGAGCAAAUAGUAUCAGCUAUCCAGCUGUGUGGAAUUCCUGAGGCCAAUCUUAGACUUUUUCUAAGACUAUACUCUUCAGACAGCUGUCUAUUCUGCACUAUUUUCAUAUUUUACUAAUUGUCAGAGUAAUACACAUCAGAAUCCCGAAGUGCAUCCUGUAACUGUUUUCCCAAACUCUUUUUGUAAUUCUGGAUACAACACAUUGUGUGUAUGUGGAACAUUUCUCAGCCUUAACAGCUGAACAACUUGAUUUGAAGAAGAGAUGUAUCCUAACAGACACACACACACACACACACACGCUGUUGUAGUAGUUUAUAGUUUUGACUCCCUGUUACUGUCUGUGUCUUAGUAUUCAUUUUUCCCCAGUACAUAGUCUGAAAUCAGCUGGCGUGUUGGCACGUUCUGCUGACAUCACUGGAACUCAGUCGAUUUGUGUUUAUAUUUAUUAAAGAGUUGCUAGGACAACGCUCCGUGAGCUGCGUGUCCAGAUUAUACCAAAGGAAUCUGCCUGAGUUUCUUUUGGUCUUCCCAUCAGUCGCCUCAAUUCUCAGAACUCCCUCUCACACUCACUGCAUAUAGGAUUCCCCAGUUACAGCUGUUCCACCGAGUCUGAGAACACGUGUGAGCACAGAUGAAGAGCAGGCACACAUUUCAAAUCCUCCCCAACCAGUGCGAAAGUGGUAACACAACACUGGUAAAUCUGUGCAAUUAAAGCUACUCGGCUCAUUCGAGCGGGGCUUUAAAUGCUGAGUCAGAGUCCAGCAAAUAACCUGUACCAAGUGCACGAGUACAUUUGUUUUUUAGCAGUGUUCAUUUAGUUAUUUGUGAGUGUACAGAGUUACUGUACCAGUCCAGAAUGACAGUGAUGCACCUGUCUGCAACACUUUCUCAGAUUAGUAACUGUGUGUGUGUGUGUGUGUGUGUGUGUGUGUGUGUGUGUGUGUGUGUGUGUGUGUGUGUGUGUGUGUGUGUGUGUGUGUGUGUGUGUGUGUGUGUGUGUGUGUGUUUCAUUGAUGGUUUCAAACUCACUGGGUCCAACCGCACUGGUUUUGGCCUUCUUUGUCUCAGAAUGUCCUGUGUUGAUCCAAACUAUCAGUUGCGGUCACUGGCCAUUUCCUGAUGAACCAUAUCAGCUUCAGAUUGCUGAAGUGAAGAUGUGAAACCCAAAGUUAAAGUAAAUCCCUGACUGUAGAAUUUGAAAGAAGACAGCUGUGAAAAGCUGUGAAAAUGGUUAUUUACAGCAUAUUUCAUCCUACACAAAUCAUAGUGUCGGCCAUAAAUUAAUGCCUUGAAGGCCUUAUCUUGCCCCUGGACCACCAGUUUCAAACCCCUCUUUCAAGGCCUUAAUGUUUUCUUCACACUUUUAAAAUAGGUGCUGUAAUUACAGGUAACUGUAGCAUUAACUGUCUGAAAAGUCCACAAGUCAUGAUAGAAUAAUGUUUGUUUUUUGAUUUCUUAUUUAAAUACAUUUGGUAGCUGCAUAGUUUUACUGUAACAGCAGAAAAAA